AUGAAGGUUCACACCUUUACUCUUGUAGUCCUUUGUUCUAUGCUUUUAAGCACUACUUGCUAUUGCAUUAACCCCAAAUUUUUCAAUCCUUCAAAAGUUCCAAAUGAUGAAAAACCAUGGGACCAAGCACAAGCUACAUGGUAUGGAACCCCCGACGGUGCUGGUUCAGAGAGUGGUGCAUGUAGUUAUGGUAAAACUGUAGAGAGUCCUCCAAUCUCUAAAUUGACAGCGGCUGUUGGCCAUUAUAUUUUCCGCCAAGGUUAUGGAUGUGGUGCUUGUUAUGAGGUAAAAUGCACAGAUAAUGCAGCAUGUUCAGAGAAGCCAGUGACAGUGGUGGUAAGUGAUGAAUGUCCAUCGUGUUCAGGAUACCAUUUCAAUCUCAGUGGCGCUGCUUUUGCUUCCAUCGCAAAUCCAGGUCAACAAGAUAUUCUUCACAAACUUGGACAAGUCAACCUUCAAUACAGAAGGGUUUCAUGCUCAUUUGGGAAUUCUAUAGCAGUGAGGAUCGGUGAAAACUCUAGACCACCAACUUACAUGGAAGCAUCAAUCGAAUACGUAAAUGGAGACGCAGAAUACAUUGAUUUAGAAGUUCGUGAUCAAAGUUUUCUUACUGUUUCUCGUGUGGGGGGUGCAACAUGGAGUUUCUUUUUCGCUGGUUAUAAUUUGCAACCUCCAAUGACUUUAACGCUCACUCAACGUUAUUCCAAUGGCACCAAAGGAAAGACCAUUCAACUUCCUAAUAUCAUCCCAGUUGAUUGGAAGAUUGGUCAACUUUAUCAAUCAAAGACAAAUUUCUAGAAGACACUUACUAGAAAAUUUUAUUAUAUUUCUAUUUAUAAAUA